ACAAUUAUUAUCAGGCUGACAAACCGCAGACACACCUUCGCUUUUACAACCUGGAACAUUGUCGUGUCUAUUUCCCUUGCAACGACGCGACAAACUUCUCUAAUUUCUCUCUUUUCAUUUGGAGAUACCCUCUCAAGACAGGCCUCUAUCGCUGAGCAACUCUAUCUCUGUAUCUAUUCCGAUGCCAGCGCCUCCUUCGCAGUGAUGCGCUCCAAAAAUUUAUACGUUCUAGGCAGCUUUGCAAGACGCCUUAUUUCCUCCAGACAAUCUCGCGGCCAUUAUGCGAAAAGAUGA